AGAAGUAAGUGAUACAAGAGCAUUAGGAAGCAGUGACAGUGAGACAGCAGUGCAACCUCUCCUGGUUAAAGAACGGGUAGCAUUGGAAACUUUCUUUAGAGAUGACAGACAUUUUGCUGACACAGCCACUUACAAAGCAAAGAAAUAUACUGAAUGCCAUUCAGAUGAAGUGUUUAGGCUAGAAAGAGAUUUACAAGCAGGAAUUGCAGGAAGUGGAAAGAACCUUAAAGAUAUUCUAAUUCUGUUGACUGGAAAAACUAUGGAAGAAAAAGAAGUAUUACUAGCUCUUCUUAUCAACAAGUGGCUGGACAAAUAUAUAAAUAUUGUAGAUACAGAGUGUACUAUUCCUCUUCCAAAUUACUUUAUGGGCAAUCUUCAAAGUGGGCAUGAUUGUGUACAGCCAUUAGAUAAAUUAGCAUUUGAAAAAAAUAAUUCUUCUCCUCAUUCAUUAGUACACUACAAGUUCCCACUGAAAAUUUCUAAGACAGAAGUUUACAAUUGUCCUUUCUUGAAUUUUGAUUUUACAUUGUGUGAAAGCUUGAAUAGUUUUGAGGUAGGAGCAGCGUGCAAUCUUUUAAUGACAAUAGAAAACCAUGACAAGACUGGCAGUGUAAUUACAAGAUAUGAGUGGCCAGAGGAACUUGCCAAGGCAUCAGAAAAGAGAGGUGUCAAAUCUCUUUUGUUAUACAGUUGUCCUAUAUCUGUUCAAAAACCAGUUAUUUAUAGCUUUCCUGCUACAAGUUGGUAUUAUACAGUUAAUGAAUGCUGUUCUGAAUCUAUAGAAGUAUUUUGUAAUGAAACUACCUUACUUUUAGAGGAGCAGCUCAGCCCUAGCAAAUAUCAUGCAACAGCUCACUUUGAAGGCUCAUCAAUGAUUGCAAGUCAAACCAAGAGCAGUUUUCCUAAUGUUAGGGCUUUAAAUGUAUAUAGGCACCCAGUGAUCAUGAAAAGUCCCUUGAUUUAUAAUUUCCCAAAGAUACACUUUGAUUUGUUUAUUAGUGAAUGCUUAAAAAUGAGAAGUGGGGAAUUAGAAUGUGAGAGCUUCUUUGAGCUUGAAGAACUGUCUGCAUGUAAUAACCAUAUCACAAUUUCUUAUGAAAGGCCCAACAUAUGUGACAACAGUUGUGGUAGCUUUAGUAGCAGAGUUCAGUCCCUACCAACAUUCAGGCCUCCUGUGUCUAUAACCAAGCCAUUGGUCUUGAGCUACCCAUUGAAAAGCAGUGAGUUCAUUCAUAGUGAAUGUCUUGUAACAACUGAAGAUGGUUUGUACUUUGAGGGGGCAAUAUCAACUGAAUCUUCUGUGAUUUGUGAUGAACAAUUGGCUUCUGAAUAUGAUGUUCCAGAUUUGGAUGGUCUUGAAAUGUUUCAUUUUUCCAGGAUGGCUAAGUCUUUAUUAACAUAUAAAUGCCCUAUAUCAGUAAAAAAGCAGCAAGUGUACAAAUAUCCUUAUGUUAACUAUGAAUUGAUCCCUAUUGAAAAUUUCAUAGUGUUUGAAAAUAAUAUACCACAGGAAGUAUGCAUAAUUUUUGAAGAUCCUGGAUGCGCUCACAGUGCCAUAGCUGAUGCGUUUUCAACUUUGGAGUUCCCUGUAGUGAUAACAUAUUUGCCAACAUAUAAUUUCCCUGCAAUAAUCAAGAAACCAGAAAUACUAUGUUUUCCAGCUUAUAAUCUUAACUUUGUUUUUGAGGAAUGUGCUUUGAGGUUUGGGAAUCCUGAGCCUUUGUUCAUAGUACAUACUAAAAGUCCAGAUUUCUUAGAUAAUCAUAUGGCAUCCAGCUAUUCAAGAUCAUCCACAUUUGAGGAUCUCGGUGCAAAUAAACUUUUCUCCACACACAAGGCUUUAACAACCUUUGUAUCACCAGUGAAAAUAGAGAAGAGAGUUGUGUUAAAGUGCCCCUUAUUUAAAUAUGAAUUCAUUUUAUCAGAAGCCCUCUUAAACUUUGAACGAUGUAUACCUCACCAGAGUGUCACAUUAAUUGAGGAAAUACAUUUUUGUGAAGCUCCUGUUGGUUCAAGUUAUGAAAAACAAAACAUUGAAAGUCUACCACAGAGUCAUAGGAAGGUCCCAUAUAAUGUUAAAACAUUAAACACUUACAGAUGUCCUGUUCUAUUGCAUAAACCAGUGAUUAUUAACAAGCCUUGUGAAAUGGUCAUUUUAACUCCAUUGGAAAGUGCUGUUACAUUUGAAGAAGAUAUGAGAGCCAAUAUCUUGGUAGUACUACAUGAGUACAAUAUUUCUGAUACAUGCGUAUUGACAGAUAAUCCUGUCAUCCAUGAAUGCCCCACAGUAAACCCAGUGCAAUUAAUCUACUGUAGAGCAGACUUUGAAACAACAUGGUAUGUUGUAGAAUGUUCUCUAAUGACACAACCCCCUUUCCAUAUUGAAAUGGCAGUCGUGAAUGUAUCAUAUGAUUGCCCAGUCUUAGAAGCUAUAACAAUUUCUUAUGUUAAACCAUCAAUGCAUGAAAAUAUUUUGUCAUUUUGUAGUUUUCCUGUGGUACAUUUUGGGUCAUCAUUACCCAGAACUUCACUGCAAAGCAAAAGUUAUUUGGAUAGUAGUAGUAGAGAGAUGUCAAGUGAAAAUACUUCAACUUGUUGUGUGAAUGUGGACCAAACAUCGAGUAACAAAGAAGUGCCAGGAGUACCAGUAGAUGAAAAAGAUGGAAAUGUCAACCACGAAUCUAGAGCGGAAACUUUUAGAAGUAAAAAGUUUGCUCUGACGGGAAGUAGUCAAGGUCCAUUGCGAGAGUUGGCUUGUGGUGUUCUUCUGGAAGGUUCAGGACUUAGCAUUCUUCAGGAAAUCUUAAGUGUUUAUCCAGAGGACACAGCUACAACCCCUGAAGAUGUGAUGAUGGAUACUCUUCAUCUCUUAAUAUCUCACUGGAAAGGAGAAAAGAUUGAGAUAGAAGUAGAAGCAGAAGGGCGGGAUUUACUUGCUGUUCUGGAUCACAUAUUACAACAAAUAAAGGAUUAUCUAGAAAAUGGAGGAGAUCUAUUGUCAGAAGAAGAAGUUUUAGAUGAACUGAGAAACCUAUGCCAAGAGGAAUCUGUACCUUUGAAAACUAAAGUGGAUAUUCUAACAAUUUCAGAAAAGUAUCUCUCACUAAAUGAGGCAGACCUACAGCUUGUUCGUGUCAUGAAAACAGGUGAUGUUGUAGGAGCUGCAUGGCCAGAUGAUAUUAUUAGUGUGAAACCAGAACAUCUGGCUUCAGGAGCAGCUCGUGCAAGCUUACUUGACACACUGCUGACUCAUAUUAAUUCAAUACAGCAGACCCAGGCAAUAAUCAACCUACUUAAACUAUGGCCACCAUUUGGUCCAGAGGAAUAUGAAAAUGCUGUCACUAAUCCUUGGAUAUUGGUUCUGACCAAAACAAUGGAGGUUACCAGAGGUAAUCCUAUUGUUGGAUUAGAGGUUAUUUGGGAGUCAGCACAAGUUGCAGUAAAACAGAAUCAACUACCAAGAGAAUCAAUGACACUUCUUGUCAAGAAAUUGCAAGCUCUUGGCCGUUUAUCUUUAAGAUACAGUUCAAAAGUAGCACUGCUCUCUGAAGAUGAAAUCUUACAUGCCGAGGUUCUGAAAAAUAUAAAAGCUUUAGAUGAGGUUGUUGACUCGGAUUAUGAUGGAGAAUUACUGAAUAGCAUCAUUGAGAAAAAACUUUUAGCAUCAGUAGUAUCAACACCUCUGUACGGACCCCUCAUCAACCAUUUGAUUGAAUCAAGAAAUAGACAGUUGGUCAGCUUGGCUGUUAAGCAACUGCAGAUAGCCGAGUAUCACCAAGAAGCAGCAAGCUUAGCAUUCACACAAAAUUCAGUACCAAGGAUCCUGCAAAAUGUUACAUCAGUUCUCAAAACUUAUAAGAAAUGGCUGUGAUAACUUCAUUUUUACUUUUUUUUUUUGGUUUUAAAUGUAUGGUUAGAGACUUUAUUAACAACCUUAGAUUAAAUUUAUAUAUUUCUUAUUGUAUUGUGUCGUGGUGUAUUUCAUUUUUGGAAAUGUCAGAUACUAUUAAUCUAAAACAGCAAUGUUUUCAAGUAAAAAUAAAAUUCUGGCCUCUACAUCUUUGUUUUUUCUCAUUUUUAAGUUUUGGUGGGGAUAAAAUUAUCUUGAUAAUGUUGGGAAAUAAUAAUGUUACUAAUAAGAACACUGGAAACUAGAAUAACUUGAAAAAUAUACUUACUGGCUGUAUUUCCUUGUUGGGGUGUUAUGCAUAUAUAGAGUCUGUAUAACCUCAUAAAGUGCAUGUUUAGGAAAAUAAAAAAAAUGAAAAUUUUUAUAAUAAAAUUUAUUUCUUAAAUAA